AUGCAGCUCCCAGCAGCUCUCCCCAAGGAUCCUCUCGGGCCAUCCCCUCCUCACGCCCGCCUGCGCUCCCCUGGGGCCGUGGAGGACGCGUCCAGCCGGGAGCCAGCGCCCAGCAAAGACGCCCUGGGCUCCCUCGGGCCGCUGGAGACUUUCGUCAGCUUGGAGGAGCGCGAGCCCGCGGGCCCCGGCGGCAGGGAGCUGAUCCUGGAGAAAGCCAGGGCGGCCUGCAGGUGCAGCCCGCGGCGCCUGAGCGCGGCCCUGCGCCGGCUGCUCCCGGCGCUGGAGUGGCUGCCCCAGUACAGCCCCAGGACGCAGCUGCUGGGGGACGUGGUCUCGGGGCUCCUGGUGGGCGUCGUGGCCAUCCCCCAGUCCAUCUCCUACUCCCUCCUGGCCAACCAGGACCCCAUCUACGGCAUCUACACCAACUUCUUCUGCAACAUCAUCUACGCGGCGGCGGCCACGUCGCGCCACGCCAGCGUGGGCUCCUUCGGGGUGCUGUGCCUCAUGGUGGGGCAGUCGGUGACGCGGCACCUGCAGCUGGCGGGGUACGGGGACGGCAGCGCUGCCCUCGGGGACAACUCCAGCUCCCCCAGGAACGGCACCACGGGGGCCUGUGACAGGAGCUGCUACGCCAUCACCGUGGCCCUGUCCUUGAGCUUUCUGGUCGGGCUUUACCAGAUCCUGCUGGGGCUUUUGCAGAUGGGCUUCGUGGCCGUCUACCUGUCAGAGCCUCUGCUGGGUGGCUUCGUGACUGGCUCCAGCCUCACCAUCAUCACCUCCCAGAUGAAAUACCUGCUGGGCCUGAAAAUCCCUCGUCACGAGGGGGUGGGCUCCUUCGUCCUCACCUGGGUGGACCUUUUCAGGCACAUCCACGACACCAACGUCUGCGACCUGCUGACCAGCCUGGUGGCUUUGGCCGUCAUAGUGCCCGUCAAGGAGCUCAACGAGCGCUACAAGGACAGGAUGAAGGCGCCGUUCCCCAUCGAGCUGCUGGUGGUCAUCGUGGCCACCGUCACCUCCCACUACUUGGGCUUCCAGCAGCGCUACGGCGCCGCCGUGUGCGGGCGCAUCCCCACCGGCUUCAGGAAACCCACGGUCCCGGACGUCAGCCUGUUUCCCAGCCUGGCCCUGGACGCUCUGCCCAUCGCCGUCAUCGGCUUCGCCAUGACCGUGUCCCUGGCGGAGAUCUUCGCCAAGAAGCACGGCUACGCCGUCAGCGCCAACCAGGAGAUGAUCGCCAUCGGCCUGUGCAACCUCGUCCCUUCCUCCUUCUACUGCUUUGCCAGCUCUGCCGCCCUGACCAAGACUCUGCUGAAGGAGUCCACGGGGAGCCAGACCCAGGUGUCUGGGCUGGUCACCUCCCUGGUGCUGCUGCUGGUGCUGCUGUGGAUCUCCCCGCUCUUCUACUCGCUCCAGACCUCCAUCCUGGGGGUGGUCACCAUCGUCAACCUGCGGGGCGGCCUCAGGAGGUUCCGCGACGCGCCCGGGAUGUGGCAGCUCAGCAAGCUGGACGCGGCGGUGUGGUGGGCAACCAUGCUGUGCUCCACGCUGCUCACCGCGGAGAUCGGGCUCCUGGUGGGCGUUUGCUUCGCCCUGCUCUGCGUCAUCUUCCGCACGCAGAGACCCCGGGCCGCGCUCCUGGGCAAGGUCAGCGGCAGGGAGAUCUACGAGGACCAGGCCGCCUACAAACAGCUCGGCAGCAUCGCCAACGUCAAAAUCUUCCGCUUUGAGUGCUCCCUCUACUACGCCAACAAGGAUUAUUUCAAGGCCGCGCUGUUCCAGAAAACCGGCGUGGAUCCCGCGCUGCUGGCCGCCGGGACGAGCGCGGAGCCCGGCGGCAGCGGGGGCUGUUGGGGAGCCGGGUGUGGCUGCCUGGAAGAGGCCAGGGGAAGGGCGGAGGAGCCCGCAGCAGGCGCCUGUCCCCCCUGCACGGACAUGCACACCCUGAUCCUGGACUGCGGCGCCAUGCAGUUCAUAGACACCGCGGGUCUCUCCGUGCUCCGGGAGACGCGCCGCGACUACGAGGAGGUGGGCGUCCAGGUGCUCCUGGCCAACUGCAACCCCUCCAUCCGCCAGCGGCUCCGGGAGGGAGGCUGGGCCGGCCGGGCGGGCAGCGCCGGGGGGCACCUGGCUUUCCACAGCAUCCACGACGCCGUGCGCUUCGCUGAGCGCCGGCACCGGGGGGAAAGCCGGGAAGAGCGGGCUGCUCUGCCGCAGCCCCAAGACGUGAACUCGCGGGUGUCUUCGUAG